AUGACUAAAUUAACUUGGGCAGUGGUUGUCCUCAACUUGUUACAUUGUACUUUUGGUUCUGAGUUCAUUUCCCAACUUCAACAAUGUCCAAACGAUUGUACCAACUUAGGACCUAACCCGAGCAAUUGGACUUUUAUCCAUUAUCUUGAGAAACUAAACAGUUGCAACCAUACUGUGUUAUUUGAUUUAUCACUUCAUAAUGAUGUUGCUGACCACAGCACUCAUACAACCAUUCGGGCAUGCACUGUGGCCGUCGGUGAUGACCCAAAAACCAAUACGAUUCCUGUUGCCAAACAGGCAAAUUCUACUUCAUUUAGCGCCUCCAUACUUGGAGCACAGUCCGGAAAGAAUGUGCAAUUUAACCAGGAUGAAUUUGAGGGAUUAUCAGGAGCUAUACAACAACAUGUGAUAGCUCUUGAUGAAAAUGCACCUACUAUCAUUUUGGGCAAGAUAGAGAAUCUUGUGAUGGGCUUCUUUGCAGGGGGGAGUAUUGAUAGUAGCCGAAGCAUUGCUGCAAUCAUACACGAGCUCACCUCACAGGUAAAGGCAGUCGGCCUUAGUGAGACAACGCUAGUUCAAAGAUGUGGUCAAGAUUUAAACGGCAAUCAUACAGUCGGUUUAGUCGUCAACACAGAUGGAAAUGUAGCCUCUGUGCAGAAUACCCUCCUGACUUGGAGCAAUGCGACAUGUGUGCAGGAUCUGGAGGUUAUAAGACAUAGCAACAUUACUAUGUUUUCAAAACCAACCAUCAAAUCCCAAUUUUCAAGACGAGGCAUCAAUUCCAGAGACGGGACCUGCUCAACAGUUCAAGUUGUAUCCGGAGACAGUUGUGGUUCCUUGGCUACAGAGUGUGGCAUUUCAGCGCAAGAUUUGGCAACUUUCAACCCUGCUUCAGACUUAUGUUCAACUCUAGCAGUGGGCCAAUACAUCUGCUGCACUUCGGGCUCCUUACCCGACCUCAGUCCAAAACCGAAUCCUGAUGGCUCCUGUGCUCAAUACGCUGUGCAGCCCAACGACUAUUGCGCCUUGAUUGCGUCCGAAAACAGCAUCACCAUUACCGACAUUGAGAAUUGGAACCAGGACACAUGGGGUUGGCAAGGGUGCGAUAAUGUACAAUUGGGCCAGGUUAUUUGCUUAAGUACAGGAACACCUCCAUUUCCUGCAUCAGUCUCCAAUGCAAUCUGUGGGCCUCAGGUACCCGGGACUCAACCUCCCGCGGACUUCUCUACGUUGACAGAUCUAAAUCCUUGUCCAUUGAACUCAUGUUGUGAUAUUUAUGGGCAGUGUGGUAUCACGCCGGACUUUUGUACCAUCUCUAAGUCAACAACUGGUGCCCCAGGAACCUCAGCCCCUGGAACAGCUGGAUGCAUUUCCAAUUGUGGAACCGAAAUUACAAAUAACAGUGAAGGUCCAUCAGAAUUCAUUAAGGUUGGGUACUGGGAAUCGUUUAACCUCGACCGGCCUUGUCUCCAGAUGCCCGUUUCCGCAAUCCCAAGUGGAUACACUCAUAUUCACUAUGCUUUUGCUACUCUAACUGAGGACUUUCUUGUUGACGUGUCAGCAGACCAAGAUGCCUUCAAUGACUUUGCUGCCGCUACUGGCUUCAAACGUAUCUUAUCUUUCGGUGGCUGGUCAUUCUCUACGGAUGUUGAUUCAUUCCCCAUUUUCCGUGAUAGUGUCACUUCUGCAAAUCGCUUGACAUUUGCUCAGAGUGUUGUGGAUAUAGUUAAUCAGCAUAACCUUGAUGGUGUGGAUUUCGAUUGGGAAUACCCUGGAGCCCCGGAUAUUCCCGGAAUCCCACCCGGAAGCCCUAACGACGGGGCAAAUUAUCUCGCAUUCUUGCAAACACUUCGAAAUAUUUUACCGGAAGGCAAAACGCUUUCUCUGGCAGCUCCAGCAUCUUACUGGUCACGGAUUAGGUACCUAAGAGGCUUCCCAAUCGCAGAUAUGGCUCAAGUGCUCGAUUAUAUUGUUUAUGAAACGUAUGAUCUUCACGGACAAUGGGACUAUGCCAAUGCUUUUAGCAAUCCUGGCUGCCCUACCGGAAACUGCCUCCGUUCUCACGUUAAUUUAACGGAGACCGAUUUUGCUUUAGCUAUGAUAACAAAAGCUGGUGUUCCCACCAAUAAGAUCACAGUUGGCGUUACAAGUUAUGGGCGGUCAUUCGGAAUGGUGGACCCUUCGUGUACAAGUGUCGACUGUCUGUUUAGCGGACCCGAUUCCAGUGCCAUCCCUGGCGCUUGUACCCAGACGGCUGGGUAUCUAGCAGAUGCCGAGAUCUACCAACUGAUUGGUCAAGGUGCCAUACAGUCGAGAGAUGAUGCCAGUGACUCUGACAUUGUCACCUACCAGGAUACCUGGGUUGCAUAUAUGACGCCUGCUACGAAAGCUAGCCGCAUAUCUAGCUAUCAAGCUGCAAAUUUCGCUGGAUCCGUGGAUUGGGCCAUUGACCUUGAAGCA